AGGAAAAAGAAGCCAGAGCAGGCAUUUCUAAUCGGAGGCGAAAGGUUUGUGUUACUAAAAGAAAUCAUGACUAACCAACUUUGCAAGCUAUUUGUUGGCGGGCUGAAUGUACAGACCACAAACGAUGGACUUCGGCAGCAUUUUGAGCAGUACGGCCAGCUUACCGACUGCGUAGUAGUUCAGAAUCAGCAGUUACAGCGGUCCCGUUGUUUCGGCUUUGUGACCUACUCAACUGCCGAGGAGGCCGAUGCAGCAAUGGCCGCCAGGCCACAUGUUGUAGACGGCAACAACGUGGAGUUGAAAAGAGCCGUGGCGCGGGAAGAUGCCGGGAGACCUGAGGCCCUGGCAAAGGUGAAGAAAAUAUUCAUCGGCGGACUUAAAGAUGAUGUAGAAGAUGAACACCUCCAUGAAUAUUUCUCCCAGUACGGCGUUAUCGAGAAGGCCGAAGUAAUCAGCGACAAGCAGACCGGCAAGAAACGCGGAUUCGGCUUUGUCUACUUCGAAGAUAACGACUCUGCCGACAAAGCGGUGGUACUUAAAUACCACACCAUCAAUGGACACAAAGUGGAGGUCAAGAAAGCCCUAACCAAGCAGGAGAUGCAGGCUGCCGGCGGACGAGGCGGCAGGGGGAGAGGCGGGCGAGGAAUGGGAAGGCCUCAAAAUGGCUACGGCGGCGGAAGAGGUGGAUACAACAGCUAUGGAGGCGGCUACGGAGGCAAUGAUGGCGGAUAUGGCGGCGGGUAUGGUGGUGGCUAUGGUAGCCAAGGCGGCUACGGAGGUGGUUAUGGAGACCAAAUGGGUGGUGGUUACGGUAAUGGAAACGGCUACAAUGAUUUCAGCGAAGAUUACGGUCAGCAGUCUUCCGGCUAUGGAGCAAUGAAAGGGGGGAAUUACUCCGGCCGAACCAGCGCACCUUACUCCCGUGGCAGCAGUGGCGGCUACGGCGGCAGGGGCGGCUACGGCGGCUAUUAAGAUGGUGCACUCCUUUUUGGUCGAUUGAAAUGUCCACAUACACAAUUCGGGACUUUUUAUGGACCUUGUAGAAAACGGAACUGAUCAAAUGCAUAUUGAGGGCGCUGGCGGGUGCUGCUCAUAUUGUGGACUGCUGCAGCAGUUUAGCAUUGUCGCUUUCGGCUUAAUGCAGUUAACUGUAUGGCCCAGCACAUUAGCCGACCCCCCCCUCUUCGUCACCACCAGUAUGAGGCUGCGUCUGUUUAACAUUGGACAUCCAAUCUUAUCUCUGUAAUGCCAUCAAUGUAGUUUCGAUUCAGUCGAAGUAUUUUAGUUUUGUAUUUUUAAACGACAGCUGCGAAGAAAUUUGCAAAACUGUAAUUUAGUCACUAGUACCACGCUAACUACUGUUCUCCGUUGCAACAUGAAACUCGGGGUAUUGGUGAAGUGUUAAAGCAGUUCAGCAUAUGCUUGAGCUUUUCUCUGUAACGAUCAGUUUGUGGAAGCUAAGUUAUUGUGGAGGCAAAUCGUACUCCCAGCUGUUAAUUGAAUUUCCUUUUUAUAAUUUAAAUGUAACGUUUCAUUGCUGUUUUUUUAAGACCCGUGCUGUUCAUACUGUUUAUCCAUGCAGUUUUGUGGAAUGUUUUAGUCAUUUUAAUUGAAUCUUGUAAACCACAUUUUGCUUGUAAUAAACUUUUUAAUGUUUGACAACA